UCACGGCUUGUUUAUUUGUCUGCAUGUGCAUAAUUCUGCUCGAUAGAUAAAUAGCAAUCCCUGGUCCCUCCCGCGGCCCUCGUCCCAUCUCCGCCUCUUUGUCAUUUACACAUCUUGGGGAAGCAGUUUUCUUCACGGCAGGGACCUCUCACGACCACGAUCCGACGCUGGGUGCAUAAUCAAAAUCAAGGAAGGAUAAAAAAAAAGCAGAAACCGCAACAAUGCGCAGUCUCGCCCUCUCCUUCGCCCUGCUCGCCGCGGGCUCAUCCGCCGUCACAGCAGCCUCAGCACCAACAUGCGCCAAGGGUCUGUACAUGGUCGUCGCCCGAGGCACUGAAGAGCCUGCGGGAACCGGUGUCACCGGCAAUCUCACCAGCCAGAUCGCCGCCAAGGUGCCCGGCAGCCAGGUUGUCGCCGUCGACUACCCGGCCACCUUCGACGACUACGAGGGCUCCGAGGGCAAGGGCGUGCAGGACAUGCAGAAGCUGCUCAACGCCUACGGCCAGGCCUGUCCCGACAACAAGAUUGCCAUCUUGGGCUACUCUCAGGGUGCGCAAGUCUCCUCGGAUUCCGUGUGCGGCGGUGGUGGCAGCCCAUUCAUUGACGACAAGGCCUUGUCGACGAGCAUCAUGGACAAUGUCGUCGCCGUUGCCAUCUUCGGAGACCCAAGCCAUGUCGCCAACCUGACAUACGACCGAGGCACCAGCGUGCGCGACGGCAUCUUCAACCGCACCGAGGCCAGUAUCGACGUCUGCAAGUCCUACUCCAGCCGCAUCAUCUCCUACUGCGACACCGGUGACAUCUACUGCGACAGCGGCAGCAACACCACCGUUCACCACCUGUACAUUGAGCGCUACGGUGACGACAUUGUCAACUUUGUCGUCAGCCAGUACGAAAAGGCCGUCGGCUCCUCCUCCUCCAACUCCAGCUCUACCACCACUGCUCCUCCCACCUCUUCUGCCACUGCUUCUCCCACCAGCGGUGGCAGCGGUGGCCGUACCAACAGCACCACCAGCGGCCCUACCAAGUCUGCCUCUGCCUCAACGAGCCCCAAGUCGGCUGCCAAUGCUCUGACUCCUGCGGCGGGCAGCUUGAUCUUUGGAGUUGGUCUGCUAGCUGUUCUGUCUCAGAUGCUGUAAACGAUGCGGUGUAAUGUAGUGAAUAAUAUGAUAUAGAGGUCGUAAUACGGAGUAAUUUCCCUGUGGUAUCGAAGUUGUUUUUGGCGCAUUUGUAUAAAGCACAUAUAUAGGCUACAGCCAAUAAUAAUGAUGAGACAUUCGAGAGCUUGUGUGAUGAUGCUGCUGUGCUCUGUUGUCUCAGC